CGGUUCCAUCGAUCUGCCGGAACUGGGCAGGCACCGGAGCCGGUCCGUGUGUGCGUGUGCGCACGAGUGAGGAGGGCGAAAGCGGCCCUGGGGUAUUUCUGCCACCGAGGAGCAGUCAGCUGCACGCUUAACGGAGAGGAAACUGAUCUGGCUGGAAUAUUUGGCAUUGCCGAAAAUUAUUUAGGAGGAAAGCAUUCCUCAUUUGCUUAAAUCACAGGUGGCGUGUGGAACCAAAGACAGCCCAGUGCUGGAUUCCCGAAGGACAGCUAGAGAUCAAAGACCCUUGCCUUGAGGUGAAAGAGGGUGCAUGGAUCGCUCAAGGACAAAGACUUCUGCCUACCUCUGGUUGGGCUUGGUCUCCGUGGCAGCAACCUUCUUCUGCGCAGAGGCGGGUGUCACGCCGAGCCCGUCCCUCUCGAAUAACAUCACAUGCAUCAGGGAGACAGAUCGAUGCCAGCCUGGCAUCAUCUUACCCAUUUGGUACCCCGAGGACCCUUCCAUGGGUGACAAGAUCGCCAGGGUCAUUGUGUACUUUGUGGCAAUGAUCUACAUGUUCCUGGGGGUAUCGAUUAUUGCAGAUCGCUUCAUGGCCGCCAUUGAAGUCAUCACCUCCCAGGAAAAGGAAAUAAUCAUCAAGCGUCCAAAUGGUGAGACUACAACAACGACAAUCCGAGUGUGGAACGAGACCGUGUCCAACCUCACACUCAUGGCGUUGGGCUCUUCUACCCCUGAGAUCCUUCUCUCUGUUAUCGAGAUUUGCGGGCACGAGUUCCACGCUGGCGAACUUGGCCCGUCCACCAUCGUAGGCAGCGCCGCCUUCAACAUGUUUGUGAUCAUCGGCCUGUGCGUGUCGGUGAUACCGGAAGGGGAGGUCAGGAAGGUAAAACACCUUCGUGUGUUUUUCGUGACAACGGCGUGGAGCAUAUUUGCCUACAUCUGGCUCUACAUGAUCCUGGCUGUGUUCUCGCCCAACGUAGUCCAAGUAUGGGAAGGGCUUCUCACCUUGGCGUUCUUCCCCAUCUGUGUCAUUCUAGCUUGGAUGGCUGACCGUCGCCUGCUCUUCUACAAGUUUAUGCACAAGAAAUAUCGCACAGACAAGCACCGAGGCGUCAUUAUUGAGACGGAGGGUGACCGUUCAAAAGGUAUCGAAAUGGAUGGAAAGAUGAUGAAUUCUCAUUUUGUUGAUGGCGGAGCUGCUAGUAAUUUGAUGGGCCUGAUUGAGGGCAAGGAGGUGGACGAUUCUCGCAGAGAUAUGAUCUGUAUCCUGAAGGACCUGAAGCAGAAACACCCGGAGAAGGAGCUUGACCAGCUGGUGGAGAUGGCCAACUAUUAUGCACUUUCACACCAACAGAAAAGCAGAGCGUUUUAUCGUAUCCAGGCCACGAGGAUGAUGACCGGCGCCGGGAACAUCCUCAAGAAGCAUGUGGCCGAGCAGGCCAAACGCAGCACUAGUGUUCAAGAAGUAAACGCAGAAGAACCUGAGGAGUUUGUGUCCCACAUUAUGUUCGAGCCUGCCAUUUACCAGUGUCUGGAGAACUGUGGAGCCGUUCUGCUUACAAUAGUGCGUAAAGGUGGCGACAUCGCAAAGACAAUCUAUGUGGAUUAUAAAACGGAAGAUGGCUCGGCGAACGCCGGUGCGGACUAUGAGUUCACCGAGGGCAUGGUGGUGUUCAAACCUGGUGAGGUCGUCAAGGAGAUCACUGUUGGCAUCAUCGAUGACGACAUCUUUGAAGAGGACGAGCAUUUCUUUGUGCGGCUCAGUAACGUCCGUGUUCUGGAGACUGAGGAUGAGGUGUUGUCGCCCAGUAGCCUGCCGUACCCAAAGGCCUUGAUAGUAUUCCCUGCUGUUGCCACGGUUACCAUCCUAGACGAUGACCAUGCAGGCAUCUUCACUUUUGAAAGCGAGUCCAUGCACGUGAGUGAGAGUGUGGGCAUCAUGGAAGUGAAAGUGCUGCGGACGUCAGGAGCGAGAGGGACGGUCAUCAUUCCGUUCCGCACAGUGGAGGGACUCGCUAAGGGCGGUGGAGAGGACUUCGAGGACGCGUAUGGAGAGCUAGAGUUCAAAAACGACGAGACCUGUAAAACCAUACAGGUUAAAAUCAUCGAUGAUGAGGAGUAUGAAAAAAACAAAAGCUUCUAUCUGGAGCUAGCAGAACCUCGCAUGGUGGACAUGAGCCUUCAGAAAGGUAAAACACACACACACACACACACACAGUAUACUCACAGUAAGAUCACAUCCUGUGACCAUCAUCCACUUUUGCUAGAAAUCCUGGGGAAAAAAGUACCUCAAAGAGAUGAGGAUGAGGAUGAAGGGGGAGAGGAACGUCUGCCAUCUUGUUUUGACUAUGUCAUGCACUUCCUAACUGUGUUCUGGAAGGUUCUGUUCGCCUGUGUCCCACCCACGGAAUACUGGAACGGGUGGGCAUGUUUCAUUGUUUCCAUAGUGGUCAUCGGUCUUUUGACUGCUGUGAUCGGUGACCUGGCUAGUCACUUUGGCUGCACCAUUGGCCUAAAGGACUCAGUCACUGCUGUGGUGUUCGUAGCCCUGGGAACAUCUAUCCCUGAUACCUUUGCCAGUAAAGUUGCAGCAGUGCAGGACAGUUACGCAGACGCGUCUAUCGGUAACGUGACCGGUAGUAAUGCUGUGAACGUUUUCUUGGGAAUCGGUGUGGCGUGGUCAGUGGCCGCCAUCUACUGGCACAUGCAGGGUCGUGCGUUCGAGGUGCCAGCAGGUUCCCUGGCAUUUUCUGUCACUCUCUUCACCAUCUUUGCCUUCCUGGCGGUGAGUGUCCUGCUGUACCGGCGCAGGCCUCACAUCGGUGGAGAGCUGGGCGGCCCGCGCACACAGCGCAUCUUCACAACGCUCUUUUUCUUCGGUCUCUGGUUUCUCUAUAUCCUUUUCUCCAGUCUUGAGGCUUACUGUCAUAUACAGGGCUUCUGAAGAGAAGAGAUGGGGUGGGAAGGGGUGGGGGUUGGAAAGAGAUAUAUGGGAGGAAACUUCAAGCCGUAAGUAAGAGCUAAUUCAAAAAGGUCGCUACAGUUUUAAGCAGGCAUGGAUUUGAGUUUUAAAAAAGGACAUUCGUUCUUCAGAUGCCUUCACGCUGAAGAUGAAGAGUGUGAAAUAUUUCUCUAAGGGGUGGGCCAGUCUUAACCUGGAGUCUGAGCUUUUCACAGUCUAUAUUUUCCUCAACACCUGCUGAGAAUUACUUUUUUCUAAUGAAGUAUUUUGGGAAAAAAAUGCAUAAAAAAUAACAAAAAGAAUUAAAGGAUUCAAAGGACUAUUUUCAAAUCUGCUUCGAGGAUUAGAAAUAAUAUUUCAACAAAAAAAUGAAAAUAUAUGACUAUACAUUAAAUCUGUUAUUGAGUGACAUUUGAAGGACCCAUAAAGUUAUUAUUUUUUUUUUUUCCUUGUUUAGUUUGGUAAGAACUCACAGAGCUUACAGCUUUUACCGUCAGGCCAAAGUCCCGGCUAGGGAGAGUGGCUCGGAAACACCAAACGCUGAGUAGACAAACGGAGAAGAGAGAUGAAUAUGAACAAUGGCUGAACACUGCAUUUUCUCCCCGAUAUUCCUGUAUGGAUAUAAUCUGCUUCCAUAUUUUUUCUGUACUUUUGUGUAUUUCCUUGCCAAGUGUUGUUAUUUCGAGAAUCACAGAGGCUUCAGAGGGUUGCAGGAGAACAGAAUGCAAAAAAAAACAGAGGGAACAGAGGGAAAAUGACUUCCCUACAGAGGGAAAAUGAGGCCUUUUUUGCAAUUGAACAUUCAUCAAAUCGAAUAACUAGAGUAUUUUCUGAUAACACCGUGGAUGAGAGCGCACUGCAUCUGCUAUUAUAGUUGUUGUUUUUUUUAUCUGUUUGAAUUUCAGUCUUUCAGGGUCGUUGAACAAACAUAAAGCACCCCUGAAGCAAUCUCCCACCCCCACUUUACCCUAGAGAAUCCCUCUAUAUGGAGUCACAUGACCAUUUAACCAGGAACUCCUUAAGUGCGCAUCUAAACAGUGUCUGAAGUGUCAGUGAUGUCGGUGGUGAAUUCUGAGUAAGUUUUAUUGGGUCCUUUAAUGUGGUUCGUAAUGUUUACUGGCCUUCGGUCCAGAAAAGACUGAGAAUGGAUCAGUACAAACAGAUUCAUUUAACAUAGUGAGUUAGAUGUAGAUGAGUCACUUGCUCACCAAUGGAUCCUCUGCAGUGAAUGGGUGCCGUCA